UUUCUACAAAGUGGUCCCUCUUUUUGUCACGCUAGCCUUAGAUUUCUACAAAGGUGUCCCUCUUUUUCUUCUUUCUUUUCGGUCCAAGUCCUUGUUGAUGAAGCCUAGACUGGGUCAGUGAGUAAACCAACCAUGUAGUAGUAUCUCAUCACAUAGUUAUGGUCACAUCACAUUUGUGUUUCUUUACCAGACUUAAACUUCAUAUAUCAAUGUGCAGGUAAUAUAGCCCACUUCCCUUGGGAAAAUUUCUCCAGUUCUUGCUAAAAGUGGUCAUCAAUAAUAUUCAAGUAUAUAAAAAGCAAAUUCACUUGAUUAUAGACCGACAAAGUUUCACCAGCUAUAUAUAAUAUAAGAUGUGGGAGUGGGAUAUGUUGAGGUUGGGCGUGUGCUGCAUGAUCAGCACCGCAAGUGCCGGAGCUGCUUCUCAAAGUUUGCGCAAUACUAACAUUUAUCAGGUUUCUGAUACAUUAGUCAAAGGUUUUGAUGUUUUGAUCAGUUUUCUCCCACUUUAUUCGACAGCCUACGUUUUGAAUCAUUUGGUUGUAGUUGAUGUAGCUUCCGAGAUGAAACAUGACCCGAGUUAUAUAGACAUUCGGAUGUUGAUUCACGAUGGUACUAAGCGUCUCUGCGGUUUAGCUGUCUGCACAGCUCUGAUUCAGUAUUUCGGGUUCUCAUUCUAUUGGGUCUCGUUCCUAGCUGUCCCUCUUGGUUCAAUGGAAAUCGACGUGGUACGCUCCGAUUUCUACAUCCCCCGCAAUAAGUAUCAUUGGAUUUCAGUUCUGGUGUUGAUGUUUUCUCGUAAUGUUUUCUCGAAGAUGAUGAUGUUACUGAUCCCAUAUUACCAUGUGCUACUAGUGACACCUUACUUCCAAGGUUUUACCACAAGGUCAUCAUUGGCGGCUCGCGCCUAUGAAAAAAAAAAGUACAUUGAAAUCGUUUGCGGAUUGUUGGCAAAUGCACUAAGUACAUACUAUUUCAGGUUCGAAUCUACGGAUCUUCUGGUUGCUUUCUUGGGUUCAGCUGUAUCCUUCUUGUAUAUGUUUGCCACUGUCAAGCCAUCAACGGAUUUCGGGAUCAUUCAGUUCUUAAUCACACAAAGCAUCCAGUGUGCAGUGAACCUAUUUGGGCUCUUCCACUUGAAGACUCUUUUGGUCUUGUCAUUUGGAUGUUUACUAAUGGUUUUCCGGUGGAAAGUGGAAACCGUCCAACUUCUCAGCCCAAGAAGCUGGAGAGGGAAGUGCUGGCGGAAUUUUCGAACAAUAGAAGUACAGACUGUCACACUCUUUGCAGGACAAGAUGUUCUAUUGGCCGCAUAUGAGAAUUAUCAUCCGUUCUUGAUUUGGGGUCCAGCGUCACUGCUACUUACGGUUUUCAUGAGGUUCAUUGUUUCGUCAGGUCCCCGCCAAAAAAUCUACCAAAGUCUCUGGCAGUGGUAUUGGCAUAGCAGCAAAGGCAACCUGAGCGCCCCUUUGUAUUAUUAUGUGCAUUUCAAGGAGAUUUUGCACCUAAUGCUGCCAUAUUUCCACCAUUCCAAAUGCGACUUGCAUGGAGAUCCAAUACCGCCUGUGUAAGGCCAGAACUUCGUCGUGAUGAGAGUUACUCAAAUCACUGUCUAAUUUACACGGGCCUUCACCUAACGCAUGAAAGAAAAUAACAGCAAGCAGUGAAGUACUUCUGUACUUGUGUACUUUGUUGUUGCCAAAGUGGAACGUUUAUAGAAUGCACUACAUUACAUAUUGAGGUACUCCCUCCAUUUCAAUUUAUAGGUCGUUUUAGGUUUGGAGAGAUUUUUCAAAAUAUAGGUCGUUUUACAAAUUUUAAGUAAAUUAAUGACUAUUUUUCCAACUUUAUCUUUAAUAAAU